AUGCGUCCAGGGAAGACGAUAACCGCCGCGCGCCGCGCCUUCGCCGCGAAGACCCGCAUCGCCGUGCUCCGCACGGGCGACGCGCUCCUCGGCUACGGCGGCAUCGCGGACGCUUUGUUCCGGGGCGCGGAUGGCGACGUCGAUCUGGCGCUCGUGGCCGUCGCGGCGGACGACUCGCCGGGCACGCUCUUCGACGGCGUGAGCGACGACAGCCUCAUGGCGGCCGCGGACGCCGUGCUCGAGGGCUACGGCGAGGACGUCGCGCCGACGGCCGAGGACGCGCGCGUCGGCGCGGCGAAGCUCGUCCCGGGCGCCGCGGCGCGCGCGCGCUUCGACAACGUCCAAACGGGGGGCCCGUUGGGGUUCACCGGCUACGACCACACCUUCGCGGCCGGCGGCUGGGGCCCGGCGCGGCUCCUGGCGACCGUCGUCCGCGUCGGCGACGACGGCGCCGUCGACGUGCGGGUCCCGGGCCGCGCGGCCGACAACGGCGACCUCGGCGGGCGCGCGACCCUGGUCGAGGAGGACGCCGACGGCUACGUGGCCCGGCUGCCCGCGGACCGCGUCGACACCUACGCGCGCUUCUACCCGCUGAAUCCGCAGGCGCCGCGCCGCGUGCUCCGCCACGCCGUCGCGCUCGUCUGGCCCGAGCCCCUGCCGCUGGAGCGCGUCGAGUUGUCGCGGAAGGGCGGCGUAUUCGCGCUCCUGGACGGCGGCGUCGCCCUGUCCGUCGACGGUCGACGCGUCCCGCUCGCGGACCCGACCUACGCCGUCGUGCCCCGCGACAAGCGCUUCGGCGGGUUGGUCUGCUACGCCGUCGGGUUGUCGACGCUCGUGGGCUCGAUCAUGGCCGCGCACCCGAACGUCGGCGGCAGCCCGCUGUUCCUCGUCGGCGCGCUGCCGGCCGUGGCGUCGAUGUGGGCGGGCGGCAAUUGGACAAGUGUCUGGCGCGCGCUGCCGGCCGCGUACGGCGGGCCCGACCGGCCGCCGUUGUCGCGGAUGAAGUAA